UGCCUUGCUUUGAAACCCCCUCUAACAUGAUGUGCACAUCCUAGUUCUUCUAAGACAGUGUGUUCGGCUGGAGCGUCACCCCCGCUCUCUGCUGCUGCAAGGAGCGGGUCACAGACGCACCAAAAAAGCUGCUCACAUAUAACAGACGGUGUCACGACAAUCUGAAGGUGAAUCGCAGAUCACGUUGUUAAGAGAACAGAGUGAUUUUAUGCUGCACUACGUCCACAGACGUCCGGUUUUCUUGACGUCAGGAGAAGUCGGAGCGGACCCAGCGUUGCGCACAAGCACAUCGCUCCGAGAGGGAAGGAGAGCGCAUCAUAGCUACACAUCGCCAUUUAGCUGUAGUGUGGCGAAUCUGAUCACCAUUGUAGGAUGCCUCUUGGAGAGGAUGGAAAUGGAUGGAAGAAGAAGACAUCAGACAUCAAAGAACAUUAUGACUUCAAAGAAGUGCUGGGAACGGGAGCUUUCUCAGAGGUGGUCCUAGCAGAGGAGAAGAGGACCCAGAGGCUGGUGGCCAUCAAGUGCAUCCCCAAGAAAGCAUUAGAAGGCAAAGAGAACAACAUUGAAAAUGAGAUUGCAGUGCUGCACAGAAUCAAGCAUCCCAACAUUGUUUCACUGGAGGAUAUCUUUGAAAGUACAUCACACCUAUAUCUCGUCAUGCAGCUCGUAUCUGGAGGAGAGCUCUUCGACAGGAUUGUGGAGAAAGGUUUCUACACAGAGAGAGAUGCCAGCCAGCUCAUCCACCAGAUUCUGGAUGCAGUCAAGUACCUCCAUGAUAUGGGGAUUGUCCACAGAGACUUGAAGCCGGAGAACCUUCUGUAUUACAGUAUGGACGAGGACUCCAAGAUCAUGAUUAGUGACUUUGGACUGUCAAAGAUCGAGGGGGCAGGCAGUGUCAUGUCCACAGCCUGCGGUACUCCAGGAUACGUGGCUCCUGAGGUACUCGCUCAGAAACCAUACAGCAAAGCAGUGGACUGUUGGUCCAUAGGAGUCAUAUCUUAUAUUCUGUUAUGUGGAUAUCCUCCAUUUUAUGAUGAAAAUGACGCAAAGUUAUUUGAGCAGAUUCUGAAAGCAGAGUAUGAGUUUGACUCUCCGUACUGGGACGACAUCUCGGAUUCAGCCAAAGAUUUCAUUUGUCACCUGAUGGAGAAAGACCCGAUGAAAAGAUAUACAUGUGAGCAGGCACUCCAACAUCCAUGGAUUUGUGGAGACACGGCUCUGGACAAGAAUAUCCAUGAAUCUGUCAGCGCUCAGAUCAAGAAGAACUUCGCCAAGAGUAAAUGGAAGCAAGCAUUCAAUGCUACAGCAGUGGUGCGCCAUAUGCGGAAGCUGCAGCUGGGCACUAGUCUCGAGGGACCCAGUCAGAUUACUCCCACCAGUCCCUGCCAUGGACAUCUGCUCCCAGAGGAGGAGGAGGAGGACGACGAUGAUCUGGGGAACGGAGAGGAGGAGAGCUUGUCCCAUUAUGAGGACGGCCGUCGUGGAAGCACCGAGGGCAGCACGGACCGGGACAGUCUGAGAAGCUGCACCUACUGCUGCAGGCCAGCCAGUCGCGUCUGAGCACAACCUCCCAUUGUCAUGGUAACGUUGUAUCCCUGGAGCGCCCAGAGCCCACCCGCCCAGUCUGGCCAGGAAUGCAGAGUAGUUAUCCGGCAGUGUCUGUCAGAGUACAUCCAGGUCACUGUUACAGUGCAGAAAAACAUAACUGUAAGUCUUAAACAUAUCACAAAUUAACUUUUCACAGAACAGUAUGCAAGGCUGCACCGAGUGGACAGAGUUCAUGACACGGUUUUUAAAAAAGGGGCCUGUCUGCAUGAUUAUCAUCAAAUAAACCCUCCCAGCAUCCAAACAUGUAGUUGUCCUUUGUGCCGCUGUUGCAGACAGUGGUUUAUUCGGCGGCAUGUACAUUGCAGGAAGUGGCUUUGGGUGUUGUAGCUUCAGGAGGGGUCCAAGUCUGUGAAGGACAAGGCAGUGGCUCAAAGGCAGGCUUUCAUUAUUUUGGUUGUAGUUUCUUUUUCACAUCUACCUCUGAUCACAGUUAUUGUGUGUCUACAUUCAUCCAGCCCACACAUUCGACAUUACUGGCAGCUUUUCUUCAAAAUCUGGCCAGACGGGGCACAAAGAGAAGGGGGGCUGCUUUUUAGAGGGAAACAGUGCUGAGAGUUUCUCCUGCAUGUCUUUCUACGCUGUACCCGUCAAUGUGACCGAGUCCAGUCACUGACCAAGUAGCUGUUUAGUUCAGUAAAUUCAGUCUCACGCCGCCACUGUUGUUACCACUGUCCCCUUUGUCCCAUUUGGUCACUUUUGUCUUAUUUCUCAUGUUGUCAUUAUUAAGUGUUUAUGUCUUUUUUAUAAGUAUUCACUCCUUUUGUUCAGAGCCUUUUUUGAGAAGGAGAUACUCAGAAGUGCAAAGUGAUUGCGGUGGCUGUAGACUCUAUUUUCUGGCUCAGACUGGGUUUGUGACGAGUGGUUCUGACCUGAAUUGUUUGCAUGCUUAUGUUGGGGAAAACAUUGAAAUGUAUGAAUAUCAAAAGGAGACUUUUUUUUUGUUUUAUGGCUGUUCUGUUGUCAGAGGCUCAAACUGAGAUCCCCUCAAGUCUGCAAAUCACAGAAUUCUGACUUCUCUGGGCUAAAAUCAUGUUUGGAAAGUUUUAUUAUUAAAGGUGUGAUUAUGUUGGGAAUCCACCAUGUGUGCAAAAAAAACCAAAAAAAACAAAAAGACCACAUUCAUAUCACGUUCAUCCUCCCUGUUCAAGCCUCUAAAAAUCGGAGGGAUCUCAGUCUGGGUGCUCCAUCUGCUCUGUGCUGUGCACCUCUAGUGGAAGAAGUUUUGGUCUACUGUUUGCAUGACCUGGUAAAUAUGUUUACAUGAAUGAUGAUCAAUUAUAAACACACAAUUAUUAUUACUCUGUUGUAUUGAAAAUGAUGUAAUACUGUAAUUUUGAGCUAUAUAAUGUGAAGUGAGUAACACCAGAAGUAAUGUUGUUGACAAAGUACAACACAGCACAGUGGACUUAUCAUUUGCAUUGACUAAGAUGGUCAAAGUCUCUACUUGAGUAACAUUUCUCUUGUACGAUGUUUAUUUUACAACAUGGAGAUUUGUGUUUGCUUGCAGUCGCAUACAUAUGUAGCUUUUUCUCAAGCUAUUUUUCCCAUGUGUUACCCAGGCAGAAAAAAAUACAUAUCAUAAUUCUAAACAGGUGCCAGCCAAAGAGCAAAACAUAAAAAAGAAAAAAAAUGCUGGAAAGUUACCUGUCUGCCAUGGGAGUAGCAUUCAUUGUGCGAGCUUUACGUUGAUUCCACGGUCCUCCUGAGAAGAUGAAGUACAGUACUAAAGCCAUAUAAUGAAGUAGGGAUGUUUUACUGUAGAAUUAGACCUAUAAAUACACUGUAUGACUCAAAUGAAGGAUGGCCAUGUCAAGGCAAAUUUUCCCAGAGACAUCUGGCUCUAAGUACUUUAAUCCUGAUAUUAAUCAUACCAUGCCAUUAUUAAUUUAAGGUAUGCCAUAACAUAAUAUUGUAUUAUCGGUUCACUGCGGAGAAGACUCAACCUACCCAUAAAAAAAUGAAAAUCUGUCUCCAACAUAAACCAAUUCCCUUAAUCUGUCAUUGACACAUACAGGUCCACAGUCCCGUAAAAGAAGGCAAUCACUCUGGAUUUAUAUGACUGUAAUUGUGGAAAAUAUGCAAACUGUGUGUGAAGGGCUUCAUGUUAACUGUAAGAUAGCCACUGUUGAUGACUUUGAUAACCUGGCUAUUAUUUGUUUGGUAAUGACCUUAUGUUGAACCUUACCUGGGAUUUGUUUCCACUUGGCUGUGUUUUUUUAAAGCUUACUUUAUCCAUGACAAACACAUCUAAAUGCAUAAAGAAACACAUGUAUAUUAUAUAUAUAAAUAUAAGUAUAUAUUGUAUAUCCUUUUUUGUAAAAACUGUUUUGAGCUACAAACGUAUGGAUGCAAUGCAUCAUGGGUUAUUGAACAAGAUGUAAAAAAAAAAAAUAUAUACAAUGAUUUGUACCCACAGAGAUACAACUGCAGGAAAUUAAAUAAAACUUCCUUGUCUAUGCA